AUGGAUUUGGAGGCAAGGGGGCUGAACGGCUCCACUUGUUUGUCCCGGAAUGAAAGCGGCACGGGACUGAGCGCCUCCGCCGGAGUGUCCACUGCGCUGGCCAGCGUGCUGAUAUUCACCAUCGUGGUCGACAUUCUGGGCAACGUACUCGUCAUCCUGUCAGUGUACAGGAAUAAAAAGCUUAGGAAUGCAGGCAACAUCUUUGUGGUAAGUCUGUCGGUUGCUGACCUGGUGGUGGCGCUGUACCCCUACCCUUUGGUCCUGACAGCCAUCUAUCACGAAAACUGGACCAUGGGGGACCUGCACUGCCAGGCGAGCGGGUUCAUCAUGGGAAUCAGCGUCAUCGGCUCCAUCUUCAACAUCACAGCGAUUGCCAUCAACCGCUACUGCUACAUCUGCCACAGCCUGCAAUAUGACCGCAUGUUCACCCUAAGGAAAACCUGCUGCUACCUGGGCCUGACCUGGGCUUUCACCGCAAUCGCCACCGUGCCCAACUUCUUUGUGGGUUCGUUGCAGUAUGAUCCUCGCAUCUACUCCUGCACCUUUGCCCAGACCGUUAGCUCGUACUACACCAUCUCAGUGGUGGUCAUCCACUUCCUGAUCCCGCUGCUGGUGGUGUCCUACUGCUACUUGAGGAUAUGGGUGCGGGUGAUCCAAGUGAAACACCGGGUGAAACCGGAGCAAGGCGCCAAACUAAGACCAAGCGACGUGAGAAACUUCCUUACUAUGUUUAUGGUUUUUGUGUUGUUUGCCGUGUGCUGGGCACCAUUAAAUCUCAUAGGCUUGGCAGUGGCAAUAAACCCAGUAAAAGUUGCGCCCAACAUACCCCAAUGGCUCUUUGUCACCAGCUACUUCAUGGCGUACUUCAACAGCUGCCUCAACGCCAUAAUUUAUGGACUAUUGAACCAAAACUUUAGAAAAGAGUACAAGACAAUUCUCCUUGCUCUGUGUGUGCCCCGUUUGCUCCUGGUGGAAAACUCCAGAUGUGCCACCGAGGGCCUAAAGAGUAAACCCUCAGCUGCCGUAACGAACAAUAACAUAGCAGAGAUAAAUGUAUAGCAGAAAGUCGUCCUGGGGAAAACCAGGAAUCUUGUGUUCACUCUGUGCCUGUGUAUCAUUUCCAAGUAGUCACUACAUCCAUUUUCUGAGGCAUUUACCCUGUUCAUGGUCACAGCA